AUGCAUACUCCAUUCCUGCUUCUCGUUGCCCUCGUUCUUCUCACCACCUUCUCGUCCUCCUCCUACGCGGCCGACUUCUGCGUGGCCGACCUGACCGGUCAACAGACGCCCUAUGGGUACCCAUGCAAGAACCGGGCCAAUGUCACCGCAGCCGACUUCGUGUUCUCCGGGUUUGUCAGCCCGGGGAACACCACGAACCCGAACAAGCUGGCCCUGACGCGAGCCUUCGUCAACCACUUCCCGGCUCUGAACGGGUUGAACCAGGCCGCGGUCCGGGUGGACAUGGAGCCGGACGGCGUCGUCCCGCUCCACAGCCACCCGUACUCGUCGGAGAUGGUGUUCGUGGUGGAAGGCAACGUCACCAUGGGGUUCAUCUCCGGCCUGGACUCCAACAUCUUGUACGCCAACAAGUUGAGCAAAGGGCAGGUGAUGGCGAUCCCGCAAGGGUUUCUUCAUUUCCAGCACAACAGCGGGACCACCAAAGCCGUCCUUUUCGUCUCUUUUGCGAGCUCGGAUCCCGGUGUCCAGUUUAUCACUGGCGCGUUGUUCAGGAACGCUUUCCCGUCUUUCCUGGUGGACAAAACUACUGGCAUUAGUCAGGCUGAAGUGCAGCGGCUCAAGGCUCGUUUUGGUGGCACUGAAUGA